AUGCCCGAAGGUCUCCUUAUGUUUGCUACCACGAUCUCGGAUAUACUGACCCAGUUCUGCCCAGGUUCUGAGACUUUGAUCAUGGGGGAUGUCACUUAUGGUGCUUGCUGUAUUGACGAUUUCACAGCUCGAGCUCUCGGCACGACCAAGAUUCCAACUCUCUAUAUCUUCGUCGACAUUUCUAUCGAUACAAAGCACUUAAUAGCUACACUAUCACGAAAUAUUUCACCUGGGAAGACGAUUGCUAUGGUCAGCACAAUCCAGUUCGCCAACACCCUCCACCUAGUAAAACCGGCACUCGAAGCUGAGGGUCUGAAAGUCACCAUUCCACAGGUCGCGCCUCUUUCGAAGGGUGAAAUUCUUGGCUGUACUGCACCCAAACUCAACGACAAUGACCAAACAGAUAUCAUCCUCUAUUUGGGCGAUGGUCGCUUUCAUCUCGAAGCAGCAAUGAUAGCAAACCCUUCCAUCCCAGCGUAUCGCUACGACCCUUACUUGCGAAGCCUGACUCGCGAAGAAUAUUCGCACGAUGAAAUGCUGGACUCUAGAUCGAGUGCCAUCUCGCAAGCCAAGACAGCAAAGAAGUGGGGCCUCAUACUGGGUGCGUUAGGUCGACAGGGCAACCCACAUACUUUAACACUGAUCGAGAACCACCUCAACAAGCAAGGCAUAUCUUUCGUCAACAUGCUUCUUAGCGAGAUCUUUCCUGGAAAAUUAGCAAUGUUCGAGGAUGUUGAGUGCUGGGUACAGAUCGCAUGUCCACGAUUGAGCAUUGACUGGGGUCAUGCUUUUGCUCGACCACUCCUGACACCUUACGAAGCACUGAUUGUGCUCGGUGAGAUGGAGAAGUGGGACGAAGGCAAGAACAAGGCUGCCAAUAGCACUUAUCCUAUGGACUUUUACGGCAACCAUGGAUUAGGCAGAGUUACUGAAAAGAUGGCGAGGCAGGCUUUCGUUCAUGGUUGA